UAAGUUUUUAGUAAACAAGCCAAAUAAAAUCAAAACGUUCAAAAACUCUUGCAAAUUACCCGAUGUGGGAGCAACAAAGACCACACAUGUAAUGUGCAUUUGAGAGAGGGAGGCAAACGGCGCAGUUAACGUUUAGUUAGAGGCAUAAAGAGCAGCACAAAAUACACGAAUUUUACUUUUAGCAAAGUGAAAGGCACUGGCACUGGCGCUGGCGCUACUGCUGUUGUUGCGUUUAAUAUAUUUAUUUAUUGGUAUUGGUUUUUUCUCUUGUGGUUUUGUGUUUGCUUAUUGUUCGACUAGGUAACUGUUACUGCUUGACACCGUUUUGGGGCCAAGUAUUGCAAAGCGUCUAGAAGGGCGCUGUGUUUCAAGAGAUCGUGCCUGAUAUGGAUGAUAGUGAAUUCAUGUUUAACGAAAAGCAAUCGAUACGCGACUCAUCGCGCACCCUGAAGAAAUAUGGAAGUACCUGCUGUCAUAAUAUGAGAAAUAACGAGACCCUAAUAAGGCAUAUGGUGGACAAAUCCGAUACACUACAGGGCAUUGCACUCAAAUACGGUUGCACGACGGAACAACUACGACGGGCCAAUCGUCUCUUUGCCUCGGACAGCUUAUUUUUACGUCAAUUCUUGCUGGUGCCGGUAGAGAAGAACUCACCCUAUUAUCCACAGGUGGGCAGUGACACAGUUGCCACGCUGGUCGAUGCUCUGGCCACACCACCCGGUACACCCGAUGCGAAUGUGGAAAGGGAGCAACAUCAGAAUAAUGCAAACACAUUAAGUCAAACAAAUAGCGGCAGUAGCAGCAGUUGCAAUAUGAGUAGCUCCACAUCAAGUAUGCGUUCUGGUUCGUUGCCUCAGAAUAGUAUGCCACCACCACCAUCGCCAGCACCACAAGAGCAGCAGCAGCAGCCACAACUACACCAACAGCAACCACCACAACGUCCAUAUUCCAUUGCUGGUGAAUUGCUGGUACAAUCCAAUGAUGAGGAUCCCGCAUUGAUGCAUAAUCAUAAUGCGUGCAGCAGCAAGCAAAGCAAAUCACUUGAUUCGGUUGCCGCCAUGACGCCCGAGGAGGAGAAUCGCAAGUGUAUGAAUGAUUUUCUAAAUAAAAUAGAUAAUACCAUAUCGGAGUCAAGAAAAUAUGUGGAACGUUCAAAGGAUAUGGUGAGCAGUCAAAGUGAUGCGGAUAUUUGCAUAAGCAUCAACACAGAUGUCUUUCCACAACGCCGCAAUAAUCACCUGAAUAACUCUUAUAAGAACAACAACAAUAAUAAUAAUCGUCCGCCGCAUCAUCAGCGUCACAGUUCAACGGGCAGCGGUAACUCGGAUACGGCGCAAUUGCUAAAUACGACACAAACCCGUCGCGUCCAGAACUCAUUGAAGCGUCUGGAGAAGCAGCAAGAUGAUUUCUUUGAAUUGUAGCAGCAGCAACCAUUAAAUCUAGUUUAAUAACACACUGAGCGAGAGCCAAGUAGAAAGCGAGAGAGAGAGAUAGAGAGAGAGAGUUAAUUUUAACAAAUUGUUUUUAAUUAUUUGUGUGUGUGUCUGUGCGUAUGAAUGCUCUAUAUGAUAAACUUACUUUAUCCCUAACUUUGUAUGUUGUAUGCAUGAUAAACAACUAUAUAUACACAUAUAUAUAUAUAUAUACGUUUCACUAUAAUUGUAAGCGCUGCGCUAUACCUAAAUCACAGAAACCUGUACACUCUACGAUGACAAGGCAGCCUCUGUCAAAUGUUUUGAUCUUAUUCCACAAGCCCCUCUUGUAAUUGCCGCCAAAUUGCUUGCAAAGUUUAUUCCCAAUCCCAAACCAUUUCCCCCCUACUAGCCCCUAUUAUAAUUACUAUUUUUUCUACAUAUGCCCUACAUUAGAUUUAAUUGCAAUUUGUUUAUAAUUUAGUUUCGAGAUUUAUUAAUGUUAAUGCAAAUUUUUUAUAUGCUCAUUUCCUGCUCGACUAUUUAAGCGGAAUGAAAAGUAAAUGUUAAAGAAAAUUUUGGCAGCUGAUUAUGUAAUUUGUAAUUUAUUUGUUAGAUUUUGAAAAGUAUUAAAAUUUCAAUUGAAUAUACAUAAAUAUCCAUCACAUUUUGUGCGAUCAAACAAAGAUCCCUCCCUCCCAUCACUCCAAUUGAUCUUAAAUCUAAUACAUAUUUAUAUCGAGCCUUAAAAAAGAAAAGACCUCCUGAUUCAAAUGAUAUGCAACAUAAAACUGAGAGUGAAAAACUAUAUGUAAAUAUUUUAUAAUAAUAAAGCGAAAAUGUGUUGAUCAUUAAAA